AUCACCACACAGGGAGGUGAAAGAGAUUUAUGCCAGAGGAAUUGUGAGCCUAUUCCCCAACCUUGGUGAUCCAUUCUCCAGGACUGGUUAUGAGCAUUAUUAUGACGGUGACAGUGGGACUGGGUACUUGGUCUGGAGGAUUAAAACUAUUCAGAGAUUCGCAGCUAGAGACAGAAGAUCAUCAUAUGGAGCAUCAUCUGAACGAGUACCUUGUGAAAAUGGGCUUGGACCAGCUGCCAAACAAGAUCCUCAGUUUGUUCCAGAGACUGUCCUGAAUGAAGAUGAGUGCAAAAAAGCCGUCACACUGAUGAAACAUUCAGCUGAUGAGGACACAGUCAAGAAGAAGAUGAAGCUGACAUUUGACUUCCACCGCAACAUUGUCCUCGAUCCAGACCAGUCAAGCAACAUACUGUCUGUCUUUCCACGUUUCAGGGAUGUCAAAGGCUUGGUGGAACAGGAUUUUGUUCUGAUGUUUGGAGAGGAUGUCUCUAGCAAGUUUCUUGAGAAAUGGACAUCCACUUUCAAGACAAAGAUCAUCCAACAAUGCAGACGUCUUCCAUCCAACAAUGACCUUGAAAAUCUCCUCCUAGCAGCUGAUCCUUUUGAGGAUGACACUGAAGUGGACUAUGACGUUGGUUGGGACAGUGACCUCGCAUUGAUUUUGCUCCUGUUGUAUCUGAUUCCUCCCUCUGCUCAGGGCUGUAAGAGACCAGGGAAGGUGUCUACUUCCCAAGCAGAGAAGCAUCUGGUGGUCUUCAAGAAGACUGGAACAAACAUCCAAGAACAUCUUGAUUCCAUCACGACAAGCACACAACCCUACCUUCUGGCUGUAGGACGAAGCAAGAAAAAAGUCCACCAGUUCUUUGUCAUAUUGACAAAAAUGCCAUCACUUGCAGGUCAACCUCAUCACUUGGUACCUUUGACGAACUCUUUAAGGUGCAUUAUGUUUUCACCACAACAUACAACCCUAUGCUGCACAACAUGUUCACAUUCAUCCAGACAACUGUGUACAACAUAGAUGUCGGCAAAGUAAAGGAGAGUCCCCGUGUCGCAGAAGUUCGUGCUAGGUUGCUUCAUUAGUACUUGAAAGAUCUGUUUGACAUGAAGUGUUUUGUUUGUCACGCUGAGUUAACUUGCGCAAAUACACUUGUUAGGCAUUUGAGGUUAGUUCAUGGUUAUUUGGAUGGAAAAAAUCUUCACCUUAAAUGUGCUCAGUCUGGAUGUGGGCGUGUGCUUGGAACAUUUUCUGGGUUUAGAAAACAUUUAAAUGCAAAACACCCAGGUCUAGAACAAGUUACUGAUGAUGUCAUGUCAAGCAGAGCAGAAGUUGGUGAUGUAGGAGAACUGGUGGCUAAUAAUGUAGAGGAGAUGGCCACAACAUCUACUUUAUUGACAAAGUCCAAUACCAGUACUUUACAUAUGUGUGCUACUGCUAUUUCACAACUCAAAGCAGCAGGAUUAAGUCAGUCUAAUGUUAAGAGGUUUGUGUCAUCCAUGGAAGAAGUGGUUUUUGAGAUUCACAAUCAAGCAAAGAAUGUGGCUCUACAAUGCUUGUCCGAUCAGGAUACAAAAAAAGAAACAAGGUGGAACAAUCUUUCCAAAUGUUAGAAAAUCCAUUCACACCUUAAAAUUCAGAAUCAAAACUAAACAAACAAGAGAAAAAUGGGGGCUUGUUGAGCCAGUUCAAAAAGUGAUUGGUACGAGAUUCGACAGCAGAAGAAACAAAACUACAGGAACGUAUGACCAAGUAAUCGUAACAGACAGGUUUGCAUAUAUUCCCAUUUUGGAAACACUUGAGUAUUUUACAGAAAGAAGAUAUAGCAGACUUGUUCAAGCCCAGGUAUAUUCCCAAGAAAGGUGUUUAUGCAGACUGGAGAGAUGGCACCUAUUUUAAAGAAAGUCCCCUUUUUUCUAUUAAAAAACUGCCUUGCAGAUUCAGCUAUUUUAUGACAACUUUGAAACCGCAAAUGUCCUGGGAUCGAAAAAAGGUUUGCAUAAAUUAGGUGCCAUAUAUUUUACACUAAGAAAUUUCCCCCCCAUCUUUAAUUCAUCCUUAAACAAUAUUCAUUUAUGUGCUCUGUUCCAUGCACAGGACAUCAAGCGUUACGGCUUCAAUUUGAUACUUGAACCCCUUAUUAAUGAUCUCAAAGUGCUUGAAACAGAGGGACUUCAGAUUCCAACUUUUGGACAUGUUAUUCAUGGUACUGUAGUACAACUCUUUAAGUGUUGAUUUGCAACUUGGAAAUUUACUGUGCGGAUGCUACACCCUGAUGUUUGAGCCACUUACAAACCUUUAAUUAAAUCUAAUCAAAACAACCAGAAAUACCAAACUGUUGCUAAACAACAUGACAACUUUGUCAAACAAAAACAAAGUUUUUAGUUUGACACCAAAAACAAAGUUUUUAGUUUGACACCAAGAGCAAAAGCACUAAAACACAGUUUUGCUUCAUAACCAAAAUUAAAACAUUUUGUUAACCUGAACAUUAAAACUUGAAAAUUAACUAAACGGUCCCAGCACUCCUUUAAACCUUUGAGCUGCUCUGGAACCUGGGGCUCUUCUUGGCCUUUGAGCUGCGCUGGGUCCUGGGGCUCCUCCCAUCUUCUGAGCUGCUCUGGAACCCGGCACUACUCCUCUGGCUGGAGCAUCUCCGUGCCUGUGCAGAAAAACACAAGUAACCACACUUUACUAACAGGAUCUUGAAAUCAUCUUAGAGACUUCCAGUAACCACACUUUGUUCGUGCUCAUGGACAGAAACAAGACAAACUCUGUUACUAAAACACAAGUGAAAAAUCUGAACUUUGACAAAAGUCUCGUCUCAGACUUACGUUGCUUGGGCUUCUGUUGACCCUCAACUCGCUGGGCCAGCUGCCGCUACUUCCGCUGGAUUCGGGCGUCUACAUAAACAAAAGUGUGUGUGAGAAAAGUGACGCAUUUAAAAAAGCAGCACUUGAAUGCACCCGUCUUAAGGUGGUGUUGCUUCUCAAAUAGUGGAUUUAAAGGACAGGUUGCUUCAGAGUAACUUACAGGUCCAGACGGCAAGCCGGUUGGUGGUCCUGAAGAGGCAGACAAAGGGUCCGACCGAGACUCGGACCUGGAGGAGUCGGUUUCUACAGAUGAUGUCUGGGGAAAACAAAACAUUUCAGGCUCCUUGUUCUACAAUUAAGAAAAUGCUCUGUGGUGGUGUGCAGAGGCAGAUUCAUACCGUACGGUCAAAGCGUACCAUGACCGUGCCCACCAGGAAGCUUAGGAGGAGGUCCUUCCCAAUGGUUAUGACAGUGAUAAAGUACAGUGCGAUGAUUGGGGAGUUGUAGAGCAUUGCACUGUACAUUAUCACGUUCCACUUGUCCCCGGUGAUGAUCUGAAAUGAAAACAAGCAAACAUUUAUAAAAAACGGAGUCAAGUCACGACUGAAUAUUAUGAAGGAAAUAAUACCUGGAAGACGGUGAGCAUAGACCACCCCAGCGAGUCAAAGCUGGCCUGGGGAUGACAGAGUCCCUUGACCUCCGGCGGUGGAAAGCUCUCACGGUUGAACAACGCCAUGCCCCACACGCUGCAGCGAGAGUCAGCCAGAUCCUUAUUAUAGCAAAUUGUGUGUGUGUGUGUACAUGCCUGAAGAUGUGGACUGCGAAAAAAAAAAACACCAUGAAGAGAUGCAGCGUGUGCUUGAUGGAUUGCUUCAGGAUCUCGUACUGCCUCUUCAGCUUAGGCGAGAAGUUGUUCAGCAUACUGAUCCGAGUGAUGCGGAACGCACGGAGGACAUAGAGUUUGGUCUCUGUUUGCCACACGAUUUCCACAAUGCUGAGAAAACAACAAAAAUGGCUAUCACAGCAAAAAAUAAACCACCAGUUCUCAAAAGCAAAGGUUGACUGAGAUUGUUCUACCCGAUGAUGAUGGUGGUGAGGUCCACAAGAUUCCGCCAAUCAGUGAAGUACUCUAUCCUGUGCAGGAGGACAUUUGCCACCAACUCCAAUGAAUAUAUCCCAACAAACACACAGUUGCACGUGUCCAGGGCUGUGGUCAGAGCCUCGGGCUUCAGGAGGAGAAGCUCCAGAGUCAAGAACAUCAUGAACAUGAGAUCACUCAGCUGGUUUUUACAUUUUUACCAGAAAACAUUGAUAUACUAUUGGAGUUGUUAUAAACUCUUGUUUUGGAGAUUUGACAGAGGAGAACUGUCUACUUUCUACAGAAGCAGCCAAAAUAAAACCUCGGUGACAAUAAUAAUAAAAACAGUAGACUGUGUCAUCAUUAGCCUGAUGACCAUGCUUUUCAUUCCAUAGAAUUAGACGGUGCAAGUGUUCAUCUGUAAGUGCAUUUCAGUCCGGCUGUCACAUUGAGGGUAGGAGGCUUGGACCCAAAACGCAAGAACCCAGAACUACACAGGCAGGAGCGGUUGCAAAAAUAAGAAUAUUUCUGUAGUAGUAACAAAAAACUCAAAAGCACAGGAGGCACCUAGAACAACGCUGACAAAGACAAUGGAUCAACAAAUUAGGCUUAUAUACACAGGGGCUGGGUGAUUAAGGGAAUUGGGCACAGGUGAGACAAAUAAAGUGAGAGGAGGAGCAGAAACAGGCAGGGGAGAACACCAGACCAUAAUCCUGUAAAACAAAGCUACUAAACUAAAAUAAACCUAAACAUUGUAGAACAAAGACACAGAAGAACUAAAGAUAAGUAAACUAAUGACCUAAAUGGGGAAGGAAACACCCUAAAGGAGAUACAACUAGAUAAUCUGAACAAAUAGAUAACUAAAAACAAGUGAAGUGACUAGGGGGAACAUGAGGGACACCUGGAGGGAGCGGGGGACCAAAGGGACACAGAGCAUGACACCGGCGUGUUUCACUGUCAAACAUUCAAUUAUCAAACAAAACAAAAACAGAUAAAAUAACUUUAGAGGAUCUUACCUGGCCGUAGUGCUCAAUGGACAUGGCGAUUAGGUUGGCGAAGAUGGUGAGCGUUAGGAUCCACUCCAACAAGUCGCUGUUGAGGAAACACUUAAUCUUCUCCAUGUUCGGGGACUGGGGGUCAAACUGGGAAUGAGGAUAAUGGGUUCAGAGUUGCUGGAGGAUGAGCAAAAAAAAAUCUAUUAGCUGAACGUGUUUUAGUCUCACCGAACGUGAGCGGCUCUGGCUGCUCCACCAGCGGUCACUCACCGUGGACAAUCUGAGACACAGAGAGAGAGAAUGAGCGGAUCCCACUGCUUCCGUGCACGUUCAGCUUCAGCAGUGAUGGGAUUUGCUGUGGUGUGAGUGAAUGUGUGACUGCUUUUGUGUCAUCUUGGUCUCUACGUGGCGACCUGUCCAAGGUGACGGCUGGAGACCAAAGCAGCUCCCAGAGACCCGACUGAAUGAGUGUUUGUGUGAACAUCUGUACCUGACGCAGCGAUGCUCCCACAAGUACAGCUUCAUCCUGUACAGCAGGUCCAAGCCGUCCACAAAGAAGCCCCUCUCACGUUCAGGUUCACAUCAUCAUCAGCCUUCACGAAGUGAAGGGCGACUAUCACCUGGAACGUGUUGAUGGCGAGGAAGGAGACCAUCUGAUUAGAGGGACACAAAGAGGAGAAGAAUGUCACAUCUUCUCCUAGCUUGUUGUAAAACGACAACAACCAUGUUGGUGCAAAACCCCAUAAAAUAGCAGUAUUUAAAAGUCAAGCAGAUACUUACACCAAGGAGGAUGAAGAAAAACACAAAGCUGGCCCCGGAGGAGACGUCCAUCACGUAGUUCAUGAUGGUUGUCCAUCCUUCCAGUGUGGUGACCUGAUUAAAAUCACAAACAUCAUGUGUAACGUCUAUUAAAGCAUUAGAAUUCACAAAUGUAACAAAUAAUCAAACGGGUCAGAAACCUUGAUCCUGUGGGCAGAUUUAGGCUGAUUCCCACCUGGUAUACCGUGAGCAUCCCAUAUCCAACGUUGUCAAAGCUGAUGCCCCCAAACACCGGAUUUGGCCCAGCGGAAGAGACGUGUUAUAAAGGACAUUCCAGUUGCCGCAGGCCGUUGAGUUGGACAAGGCGCUGCUGUUGGCCAGUAGUGCAGAUGACCAGUUUGCACUGGGUGGGGCCAACAUGCAGGUCUGUCCAUUCUGGCGGAGCGGAGGAAUGUCCUUACACUGGCGUAUCCCGUCGGGGUUCGGCGAGCAGAGGAAUUCACAAUCCUCAUCAGGAGAGGACUGAUAGUACUUGCUCGUGUUCAGCUUCAAACUUUGGGAUUAGAAAAGAACAGAAAGAAGAGAUUAUAGGCUGCAACAUUUACAAGACUGUCACAUCCAAAAUCUAAAAUCAAAUAAAAGUUGUCUUCUACUCUAAGGCACAAAAUCUUCAUGGUGAAACAAAUGCGCUGGGCUGAAGGAUGAGUGUUUUUUAAAGCAGCAAAAUUAACACACAUGAAGUGGUCCUACAGAGAGAGAUGAGAGGAGCAGACAAAAUAAUCGCCUUACACAGGGUCCAGGUCGCUCGUAGCACCGUUGGCGGAGGUCGCCGGCCCACAGAUGGACCCCCAUGUUGCCAAAGGUGUACACUAUAAACAGGUACAUCAGAAUGUACUGUCCUACGAUGGGUAUAAUUUUUGUCACAUUCUUGAUCCACCUUCGCAGUUCUACAGGAAUGUAGACACAAACAACCAGAUGUUUAGAUGUUUGACGAAACCUUCCCCUUGUGGCUCCUCACAAACGUCAUGUUGUUUAUGAGUCACUAGAAAUACGUUUUCAUGAAUACGUGUUCCAUCCCUGGAAAUCUGGCAUUUAAUAAAUCAUUUAUUAAAUGCCAGAUUUCCAGGGAUGGAUCUAAACACAAAUCCAUUUAUUAUAAAUUUGUUAGUACUAAAAGUGAAGGCUGGUGUUUGAAUGGUGGCAGACAAAGGUCCUUCUGUGCUCCGUCAUCAACUUACCCCUCACUCUGAUAAUCAGCCUGACCACCUUCAGUGGGUAGCUGAUCCUCAAGUGCAUCUGGGACCAAAAAAGGAAGCAGUCCACGAUCCUGACAGGUGAAAAAAAAAUUAAACGUUUUAAAUCUGUCACUUCAGUUAAAAUUAAACAAUGUUUUUCAUCUGCAAAUAGUAAAUAAGUAAACACUCACUCAAUAAUCAGGACAAAUAACUCCACCCGAUUCCAGAUGCUACGAAGGUGACCUGGUUCUGGUCUAUAAGUCCUCACAUGGACAAGCACCAUCUUACAUUGGUGAUCUUCUUAGUCCCUACACCCCCAGCAGGUCCCUGAGGUCCAGUGAUCAAAGCCUACUGGUUGUGCAGCACCAGGCUAAAGACCAAAGGUGACAGAUCAUUUGCUGCUGUGGCCCCCAGACUCUGGAACACUCUCCCCCUGAGUCUGAGAUCAGUGGACUCAGUGGUCUCCUUUAAAAAGCAGCUGAAGACUCACCUGUUCAAGCUGGCUUUUGUAUGACCUUCAACCCCUCUCUUUAUUCUGCUCUCCCCACCUAUUCCACCUUCCUCAGGAUCCACUGAUUUCCCUCUUUCCUAUUCACUCUCUCUCUUUCUUAACAUUUUUUCUUUUAAAUCCUAAUAGCCUAUUUUUGCUCAUUUUAAAUAUAUUUUUAAACAUUUUCUAAAUGCUUUUUUAUAUUUUAACAUUUUUGUUUUUGUGAAGCGCCUCGUGAUUUUUAUCUUGAGACUCGCUAUAGAAAUGAUAUUUUUUUUCUUCUUCUACAUAUGUGUGCUACUGCUAUUUCACAACUCAAAGCAGCAGGAUUAAGUCAGUCUAAUGUUAAGAGGUUUGUGUCAUCCAUGGAAGAAGUGGUUUUUGAGAUUCACAAUCAAGCAAAAAAUGUGGCUCUACAGUGCUUGUCCGAUCAGGAUACAGAAAAAAGAAACAAGGUGGAACAAUCUUUCCAAUUGUUAGAAAAUCCAUUCACACCUUAAAAUUCAGAAUCAAAACUAAACAAGAGAAAAAUGGGGGCUUGUUGAGCCAGUUCAAAAAGUGAUUGGUACGAGAUUCGACAGCAGAAGAAACAAAACUACAGGAACGUAUGACCAAGUAAUCGUAACAGAUAGGGCUGUAGCGACGCAUCGAUGACGUCGACGGCUCGAUUCUAAAAAUUUGUCGACGUCAGAUCCGGUAGUCGACGCACCGCGCCCACUUGUUGCAUCCCCAGGAGUUUGUAAAUAGAAGAGGAAUCUGCAUGUUUUUCCUCUAGUUCGCCCUCUUCUCCACCUUCACUAACAUCUCCGCCAAAUACCGAAGACCCGGAAUAAUGUCCGUCCACUACUAGAUUCCUUUCCUGUUUUGCCCGCCUUCGUCUCCCGGCAACGGACAACAACUUCCGGGGUCAGAUGCGCUGCUCCGUCUCUACCGCAGAUGUAGAACAUCACCGGGAGCGUUUCUCCCUUCAUAAGGGAGCUUCUUUCAGACAUUAGGAGAGCUGUUUUGGUGGUAGCAGUCUCUCCUCCGUGCUGGUCUGUUUGCUGCUGGGUGUUUUUGGUUUAUUUAAACUUGGUAACUUGAACGUAACGUUGGUAAAGCUACUGUUAGCAUUUUCGCUAACAGCUUCUUGCAUUUGGAUAAGCUGUUACGUUUUGGUUUAGAGUUCAUUUUUUUGUGGCGUUGAUCUCCCUUUUAUUACAUUUAGAGUGUUGUGGGUUUUUGGUUUCGUUUAAAAUAUCACCUUGAGUUUGGUUUAACCACCCAGUUUAGAGUUGGACCUUUGGAGAUUCUUAUUUUUGUCCAGAACCCAGUAAUCUUUGCCCAGUGGGACAUCCCUACUUAUUUGUACUUUUGUUUUAAUUCCCCACAGGCAGAAUUAGUUUUAUUAUUCCCAACCUGUGGAUGGAAAGGUUUAUGAUUUUUUGUAGUUGUAAAUAAACCUGAUCAUCAUUUUAACUUUUAAAUCCCGUGUUAUUGUCCCUUCCUUUUUUGCACACGAGCCAAACUCCCCAGGAAGCGUCGUAACACCACUCGCCUCACGCACACAAGUGACCAAAACAAAGCAGCAUGGAGACACUCCCUCUCCAACCAACUCUCAGGCAGCAGCCUGCACUCCCAAGUUCUACACGUCACCAGAACAUAACCAACCAACACAAUAAAAGCAGUGUUAUACAAAAUGAAGGCCUGUAGUGUUUAUUCUCUUACAGUAACAAUUUAUCUUUUUUUUUUGAGGAAUUUAUUAGAGAUUUUUUGGUUUUUAUUAACUGUGCAAUAGAAAAAUAAUCAUUAGAUUAAUUUUCUAAAUAGUCAUUAGAAUAGUCGACUAUUCGAUAAAAUAAUUGUCAGAAUAAUCGUUUUAAAAAUAAUCGUUUACCCCCAGCCCUAGUAACAGACAGGUUUGCAUAUAUUCCCAUUUUGGAAACACUUGAGUAUUUUACAGAAAGAAGAUAUAGCAGACUUGUUCAAGCCCAGGUAUAUUCCCAAGAAAGAUGUUUAUGCAGACUGGAGAGAUGGCACCUAUUUUAAAGAAAGUCCCCUUUUUUCUAUUAAAAAAAUGCCUUGCAGAUUCAGCUAUUUUAUGACAACUUUGAAACCGCAAAUGUCCUGGGAUCAAAAAAAGGUUUGCAUAAAUUAGGUGCCAUAUAUUUUACACUAAGAAAUUUCCCCCCCCAUCUUUAAUUCAUCCUUAAACAAUAUUCAUUUGUGUAUGCACAGGACAUCAAGCGUUAUGGCUUCAAUUUGAUACUUGAACCCCUUAUUAAUGAUCUCAAAGUGCUUGAAACAGAGGGACUUCAGAUUCCAACUUUUGGACAUGUUAUUCAUGGUACUGUAGUACAGGUGACGGGAGACAGUCUUGGUUUGCAUAGUCUGUGUGGCUUUGUGGAGUCAUUUGGGGCACGUCAUUGCUGUCAUUUCUGUCUUCUUGAAAAACACUGUUUUCAAACUGUUUUCUCUGAAGAUGAUCCAGAAGUUGUUUUAAGAAUGUUGAUGUGCAUGAACAGCACUGUCAAACUGCACAAACAGAUCCAAGGUUGCCCCAUGUCUAUGAUGUAAAAUGCAGUUGUCUGUUGAUAUCACUUCAGUAUUUUAACAUAGCAAAUGAUUUCUCAGUUGACAUAAUGCACAAUAUUUUAGAAGGCGUUGGUCAGUUUGAGGUGAAACUGAUUCUGAAAUACAUUCAAGGGAACUUCCUAAGUGCUGGCGAAGUGGCUGGUAGAAUACACGCAUAUGACUACGGUUUUCAUCAGCAGCGAAACCGUCCACCUAUAACAACGGAUAAGUUAAUGGAUGAAAGUAAUGAUUUGGGUUUAAAUGCCACACAGGCUUGGUGCUUACUGCAAAAUUUACCAUUGCUAUUUGGUGAUUUGUUCGAGAUGGAUGAUAAACAUUGGCAACUCCUACUCUUGCUUUUACAUAUUGUUAACAUUGUUUUUUCCCCUGUACUGUCAGAAGGCAUGACCAUAUACAUCAAACAUUUGAUUGUUGAACAUCAUCGGCUAUUCAAGCAAUUAUUUCCCGAAAAAAACCUCCGCCCAAAUACCAUUUCAUGAUACACUACCCUCGUAGCAUAAACCACAUUGGUCCAAUUUUACACACAUGGUGCAUGCGUUAUGAAGCUAAACAUAAUUUCUUCAAGCAACAAUUAAAAAGCUUCAAAAACAUCACAAAGACAUUAGCAAAAAAGCACCAAAGUUAUAUGGCAAUGUAUCAUGAAUCUUUUAGCAAGGAAAAAUUAAUUGUAGGUCCUGGAAAGAUGGUGAAACUUUAUGAAUUAGAACAGGGUGAAGUGAUUGCUGCCAAAUUUGGAACCGUUUUGUCAACCUGUGUGUUUUCUGCCAAAUGGAUAAAAUAUUAUGGGACAGAUUACCGUCGUGACUUCAUUGUAUGUACCGAGGUAGCAUGUGAGAUGCCUGUAUUUUGUAAGACUGACAUGAUUUUUGUGAAAGAUGACUUUGUUUUGCUCUGUGGAAAGUUGAUGGAAAUCAUGUGUUUUGAUAACCAUUACCACACCUUUAAGGUCAAGCUGCAUCCAGACAAGGUUCUGAAAGUGUUGCAUGUUAAUGAUAUUUUUUACUUCAAACCAUUUGAUGUUCAAAUGAAGUACUGUACAACAGAUACCGCCUUAUAUGUUGUUCCAUAUUACCAUUUUAUGCAGACUUAGGGUCAUUUUUUUAAGUAGUGAUGUUAAAUUGCUCAAAAGUUAUAUUUUUCAUUAAAGAUUUUUAUGCUGACUUCAGAUCAGUGGCUUGGUUCAGAAAGCACACUUGCAACUAAUUGUUAUUUUACAAUUUACUUGGAAAGGCACUGCAAGUAAAGUUAUAUGAUCUUGCUUUUACACUGAAGUUUGUUUGUCUAAAUGUUUGAAAUUGUUGGGAGGUGAGCAAUUUGGGUGCCUGGCACGGCAGGUGCUUCUGAAGUGAACAGUUUCAGUUCUUUUGUAUUUUGAAACCUUGGUUUACAAAUAUUAAAUGUCUUAAAAUGAGCAUUGUGGAAUAAAAGUUAUUAAAUGCACUUUGUUUUAAUAAGUUGUUUUAAUUCAUUAUUUAAAAGUAUUCUAUGAUUUGACACUUGGAAGUGUUAAAAGAACACUACAUAUUUCUCUGAGCAGUGUUAAUGACUUGAAUCAGAGUUGUUUAUUCAAAGCAACAGAGUGAAUCUCCAACACAAGUGUGUAGAAUUAACACUUAAUAGUGUUACUUUUGCUUCCAGUGUGAACCUUCAAUUACUCAAUGUAGUGUUAAAAUGCAUUAAAAUUUGGAUUAUUUUUUUCAUCACAGUAGAGUAACUUUCAAACACUUCUGAGAUUCACAUGUACUCUCUCUAGAGUUAUUAAAUCUCUAGUGUUAAACUUAAUUUACGCUAUUCAGUGUUAGUCAGUGUUAAAUUAUAACUCAUUUUUGAGUUAAUUUAACACUAAAACAGGGUGUCCGCGGGGUUUUAAAAAGUAUUAAAAAGUGAUAAAUAAAAAUAGUCAAAUUUAAGGCCAUUAAAAGUGUUAAAUUUGGUCACAGAGGUAUUAUUUUUUCCAAAUUAGGUAUUAAUUUUUUCGGACUAUCAGGUGUCGUAUUCUGAACAUCGACAUAGAAAUAUAUUCCGAAUGAAAUGUUAUGAACGAUUAUAAAAACAAAACAAGCCGAUUAUGUGCUCCUCCCACUUACGCUGCCCUGAGUUGCAAAUGAAGCGCUCCUCACAGUGUUGCCAACUUAGCGACUUUGACGCUAUUUCCAACAGCUUUUCAGACCCCCUUCUUGACUUUUUAAAUCUUAAAAGUACCUAGAACACCUCAGAAACAUCUCUGGUAACCCUUAGCUACUUUCUGGAUAACUGUCGUAGACGUUUCCUGCAGGUUAGCUAAACACUCCGCCUGCGCUGCGGACCGUUCUUCAGGACAUUAGGAAAGGGAAUGAUAGUCGCUAAAGACAGCUCUCGGAGCCGGCUUCUUGUUGGAGUAACCAGAGUGAGUGACACACACACCGUACCUGCGGACUCCUGAGCCGCUAAAAACGGCUAAAUGUGCGCGUGCGGCGCGUGCGCGUGCAGCUUGCCCCUGAUAGCUGUGAGACCGGGUUGGGGGGUGGGGGGUGCAGCUGUGGUUGUGACAAUUAUUACAUUAACUGACGGACGACUUGUAAAUAAAUAGUUUAUAAAUAAGGUAGAAAUGAGUUCCUCACGCUGAUAACUAAUAACUAAUCUCUCUGAGGACACGGUGCUAGUGCACGCUCCUAGAGCACCUUGACAGGACUCAAUAAAUGUUAUGCAAAAUUUUGUGAACAUCAAUUUGCAUGUAUUUGUUAUAAAUGCCACUGUAUAAUUCUUGUUGUCAGUAUUUGCAAGAUAUUGGUAUUUGGGUCUGUACUGGUUAGACUUAAAUGAGUUAAACCAAGGUCUACAGCCCUUGGAUCAUAAACUAUGAGCUAUAAGUAUGUGGCAGUGUGAGUGUCCUGUCACAGUGUCCCGAUAGAUUAUGCGUCCUGGCUACUUGGCCAAGGGGAUGUCUCUUUGGCUGACUGGUUAGAGAGUAUGACUCACCUGGGAGUCUGGGGAUCGAAUCCUGCCUGGGCUCUCAUUUAUCCACCUUGCCACAAGUACAUUGGUCUUUUUAUACUGGGAAUCGGGAGUUAUUUUAGUGAUCAUCUUGCUUCUUGUUUAUUUUUGCCCUGAUUGUGCCCUGAGCAGUUUUAUGACUGAAUAAAAACAAAAACAAAAAUCUACAUGAAUUGAAAAAUCGUCUUAAAAAAUCGAGAUCUCAAUUUCAGUCACAAUAAUCGUGAUUAUUGUUUUUGCCAUAAUCGAGCAGCCCUACUUUAGCAUAUCCGGUCACAUAAUGAUGACGUCAUAUUCAGUGGUCGUUCUGCAUCAUUUCAGGCCUCGUGGUCAACUGUCUGGACCGCUGAACAGAAGUGCCUGGCUUAUUUUCUAAGUAAAAUAAAUAUGUGCAAUACGUUGUCAACAUCAGUGAGUCUCUAAGUCUAUUCUUUUUGUAUGUUAUAUAUGUUAAAAUAUGUGUAAAUAGGUCGCUGAUUAACACUUGCAAUUAAGUGUUGUGAUGGUUUUAAAAAAAUUCUGAAGGUAGUAAAAAAAAGUAUUAAAAAGUAGUAAAUUUUACUUAAGGAUUGCUGUAUAUACCCUGUAAAAUGUCAACUAUGUGGAAAGUGUUGAUUUAACACCAUUUCCGAUAAAGACCAAA